GGCAGAGUAAAUAAUACAGAUUUUAUUUUUCCAGUGCACGUAAAAGGCAAUUGAUUUAGGCCCGUUGAUUAUUUAACAAACUUGUUUCAGGUUGUUUGUUGUUUAUUUUAUAUUGCUUAUAUUUUCUCCAUCAACCGAUACAAGAAUGGGCGACAGUGUUGAGCAACAGGUUAACAAAUUGUCUAUAGGAGAAUUGUACACAAGUGAAAAAACUGGUUGCGAUGAAAGUGGAGAUGGAACCGAAGCAAAGCCGUUUAAAACUAUUCUUCGCGCCAUGAUGUUCCAUCAAUCUGAACCCUUCCCUACUUUAUAUGUUGACAGUAAAGAACCAAACAAGAAAUUUGAUCCAAUAGCGAAGGCACAGCUGAAAAAGCAAACAAAAAUAUUCACUGCGGAAAAACGAAAAGAUGUUGCAAGAAAGGUACGAGAACAAGAAGAUGCGGAGAGGAGAGAGAAGAACCUGGAGGAUGCAAAGAAGAUCAUCAUCAGCGAGGAUAAAUCACUCCCGGCUGCUAAAAGUAUUAAAAUUGGGGCAGCAACAGCUCAUCGAGGGCAAAGAGUAAAAGUUAAUGGUUGGUCUCAUAGAAUUCGUAGACAGGGCAAGACACUCAUGUUUAUUGUUCUACGUGAUGGUUCAGGUUAUUUACAAGCUGUUCUAAAUGAUCAACUAUGUCAGACCUAUAAUGCUGUCAUGCUUAGCACUGAAAGCACAGUGUGUCUAUAUGGGGUUAUAACCCCUGUAAUGGAAGGAAAAUCAGCACCUGGGGGACAUGAACUGAUUUGCGAUUAUUGGGAACUAAUUGGUCUGGCACCACCUGGUGGAAUAGAUACAGUCCUCAACCAGGAAGCCGAUGUAGACGUUAUGCUCGACAACAGACAUCUAGUUAUCCGGGGAGAACAAACCUCAAAAAUAUUACGAGUCCGAUCAUAUCUUAUGCAAGCGUUCCGUGACCACUACUUUGAGCGAGGAUAUUAUGAGGUGACCCCUCCAUGUCUCGUGCAAACACAAUGUGAAGGCGGUUCAACCCUGUUUAAACUGGAUUUCUUUGGAGAGCAAGCAUAUCUCACUCAGUCAUCUCAGUUGUACCUGGAGACAUGUCUUCCGUCUCUGGGAGACGUUUUCUGUCUCGCUGAAUCUUAUCGUGCUGAGCAAAGCAGGACAAGACGUCAUCUUGCAGAAUACACCCAUGUUGAAGCUGAAUGUGCGUUUAUAACGUUUAACGAUUUACUCGACCGUUUGGAAGAUUUAAUUUGUGAUGUUGUUGAUAAAUUGUUAAAGUCACCGGCUGGAGAAUUAAUUAAAGACCUUAAUCCUGGGUUCGUUGCACCUAAACGUCCAUUCCGUAGAAUGGAUUAUGCUGAAGCAAUUGUUUAUUUGAAGGAGCAUGAUAUUAAAAAAGAAGACGGGAGUUACUAUGAGUUCGGUGAAGACAUUCCCGAAAUGCCCGAAAGAAAAAUGACAGAUCAAAUCAAUGAACCAAUUCUUCUCUGCCGGUUUCCUUAUAAAAUAAAGUCCUUCUACAUGCAGAAAUGCAAAGACAACCUAGAACUUACAGAGUCUGUUGACUUGCUCAUGCCAAACGUUGGUGAAAUUGUUGGUGGGUCUAUGAGGAUGGACAACCACGAGGAACUUCUGGAAGGUUACAAAAGUGAAGGUGUUGAUCCAUCCAAGUAUUAUUGGUACACAGAUCAGCGCAAAUUUGGAACUUGUGAGCACGGAGGUUAUGGACUUGGAUUGGAGCGUUUACUGACCUGGCUUACAGAUCGUUACCAUAUCCGAGAUGUUUGUCUCUAUCCACGAUUCCUUGAACGUUGUUGCCCUUGAAAGUUUUUUAACGCACUAACGUGUAAAUUUAUUUCUCAGCUUAGUAAAUUUUAAUGAGAUUCGUGUUGUUCUUGUUCUCUUUGGAAAUCUAAACUAAUUCAUCUCAUAACAUUUAAUAGCAAACAGUUGUUUUAUAAAAAGAAAAUCGUUGAAAAGCUACUUCGUGUUUGCGGUUACUUUUCUGGUGGUAGAUUUGCAUGCAGUAAAAUGAACAGAUUAAAACAUGUAUUGUGGUGAAAAUAAAAAAACCCUAACUCCAA